CGUUCCCCAAUCUCUGGGUGAAUCUCUUGCUCCCUGCUCUAGUCUCGUCUGGGAACGUCGAAAUAGAGGGAGAAAGACUAAACAGGUGGUCAGAAAUACAAGCGAACAAUGUCGUCCCUGGAGAUAAGGUGAAAGAUCGUUUGGUCUCAUCUCUUUAAGGAUUAAAAACCACAGAAACUUCAUGUUUCGGCUGACGUUCAAAGAGAGAAUUUAUCGUCGGUUUUACUUCCGAACCUGGGCAAAAUAUAUCGGAUAUUAAACUAUGAAAGUGACGGUGUGUUUUGGAAGGACUAGGGUGGUGGUACCGUGCGGAGAUGGAAAUAUCAAAGUCCACACUCUCAUCCAGCAAGCCGUCAUGAGAUACAAAAAAGCCAUUGCAAAGGAUGCCAGCUACUGGUUACAGGUGCAUCGGUUGGAGCAUGGGGACGGAGGUAUUCUAGACCUGGAUGACCUGCUGUCUGAUGUGGCUGAUGACAAAGACCGGCUGGUGGCUGUGUAUGAUGAACAGGACCCUCACCAUGGAGGCGACGGCACCAGCGCCAGCUCCACGGGAACCCAGAGCCCCGACCUGUUCGCCACAGAGCUCAACUCCAGCAACAUGUCCGCUUUCCAGCCCUACCAGGCCGCCAGCGAGAUAGAGGUCACUCCGUCCGCCCUUCGAUCCAAUAUGCCCCUCCACGUGCGUCGCAGCAGUGACCCGGCCCUGGCGACGAUCAACGGGCCGUUCAGCGAACCCCGCGUGACCCUGCCGCCAGAGAAACCGUCCAGGAAGAACCCCACCCGCUGGUCCACCACGGCUGGCUUCCUCAAACCACGGCGCUCUGUAGGAGGCACCGGCACUGGCACCAAUAGCCUGGAGAGAAAGGGUAAUGGUCCGGACACGUACCGUAGUCUCCCCCGGGAUGCAGGCACGUGUGCCAACCAGAGAGAGUUCCAGAGAGAGACGGCCCGCUCCUCCUUGAGCGCCAACCACCCCAUGGUAGACCGCUGGCUGGGGAGACGGGAGCAGGAUGAGGAGGAGGAGAACAGCAGGAUCGAGCCGAUUGGUAGAGCUGAUUCCUGUAUGGACCACACCCCUCUGAGGUCCCUAGAUGACAUUGUAAAGCUGGUAGAAGUCUCCAAUGAUGGCGGGCCCUUGGGGAUCCAUGUAGUACCUUUCAGUGCCCGGGACCGCAGGACUCUAGGCCUGUUGGUCAAGCGCCUGGAGAGGGGAGGCAAGGCGCAGGAGCAGGGUCUGUUCCAGGAGAACGACUGCAUCGUACGCAUUAAUAAUGGAGACCUGCGGAACAUCCAUUUUGAACAAGCCCAGAACAUGUUCCGCCAGGCCAUGCGUUCCCCGGUCAUCAUGUUCCACGUGGUUCCCAACCUGAUGAAGGCCCAGUACGAGCAGCUGUCACACAGCGAGAGGAACCCCAACGUGGCCUACUCCUCUGGACGCUUCAGCCCCGACUCCCUAGCUAGCGAGAGAGGCAGCACCACCUCAGGCCUGGACCACACCCCACAGUCCCGUGGUCACCAUCCCCACCCUCACCCGGAGCAGGGAGACGCCUACACCCCUCUACCCCACCCCCAUGGGGGCUCCAUUGGCAAGCCCCCAUCCGGCCACGCCCCCUCCCCUCACAGGGUGCUAAACUCAACCCCCACGGCGGGCUUCACCAAAAAGGUUGGCAGGAGACUCAACAUCCAGCUCAAGAAAGGUCCAGAGGGUCUGGGUUUCAGCAUCACUUCGCGCGACGUCCCCAUCGGCGGCUCGGCGCCCAUCUACGUGAAGAACAUCCUGCCCCGAGGAGCUGCCAUCCAGGACGGACGCCUCAAGGCUGGAGACAGGCUGCUGGAGGUGAAUGGAGUGGACUUGGUUGGUCGGACCCAGGAGGAAGUGGUCGCUCUGCUGAGGGCCACGCCUAUGGGAGGAGCUGUGGGGCUGGUGGUGCUACGACAGGAGGAGACCUUCCUGAAUGCAGAGCCUCAGAUGCAAAGCCCCAGAGAUUUGAAGGUUGAGGAGGAUGACCUGGUUUUGACCCCUGACGGUACCAGGGAGUUCCUGACCUUUGAGAUCCCUCUGAGUGACUCGGGGUCGGCCGGGUUAGGGGUCAGCGUCAAGGGCAACCGCUCCAAGGAGAACCAUGCUGACCUAGGCAUCUUCGUCAAGUCCAUAAUCAAUGGAGGAGCUGCCUGCAAGGAUAGACGGCUGCGGGUCAACGACCAGCUGAUAGCGGUGAACGGCGAGUCAUUGAUAGGCAAGACCAACCAGGAGGCCAUGGAGACGCUAAGGAAGUCCAUGUCGGUGGAGGGCAACAAACGCGGGACGAUUCAGCUGAUAGUGGCCAGGAGGGUCACCAAACGCAGUGAGCUGGAGGCCCCUGGGAACACCCUGGGACCGGAGCAGACCCUCCUGAACUCCUCCCUGCUGGACGACCGGGAGCGCCGUAUCUCCCACUCCCUGUACGGAGGCAUAGAGGGCCUGGACGACAACCUGAUGCCACAGCAGACUCUGAUGGGCAGGAUGAUGGGUAACUACCAGCUCUCCCCAACGGUCAACAUGCCCCAGGACGACACUGUCAUCAUCGAAGACGAUCGGCCACCUGUACUUCCUGCCCACCUCUCUGACCAAUCGUCUUCCAGUUCCCAUGAUGACAUGGGGUUCCAUGUGGAGGUCCCUCCAACUUGGGCCAAAGAUACUCCAAUUCAGAAUGAGAGCACCCUGAGCCCUGAUGACAACGACCCAGACGGAGCCUUUCAGAGGGAGGGUUUCGGCAGACAGAGCAUGUCAGAGAAACGGACAAAGCAGUUUGGAGAUGCCAGUCAGCUGGAAAUCAUCAAGACACGCAAGUCCAAGAGCAUGGAUCUAGUAGCCGACGAGAUUAACCUCACCCCUCGCAAAGAGAACACACCAGGGUCUUCCACCAGGGAUGUGGGUCCCUCCCUUGGCCUCAAGAAGUCCAGCUCUCUGGAGAGUUUACAGACCGCCGUUGCCGAGGUGACGCUCAACGGUGACAUGCCCUUCCACAGGCCACGCCCACGCAUAAUCAGGGGGCGGGGCUGUAACGAGAGCUUCCGGGCCGCUAUUGACAAGUCUUACGACAGGCCAGCAGCCACCGAGGAGGACGACGAGGGCAUGGAGACAUUGGAGGAGGACACCGAGGAGAGCUCUCGGUCCGGGCGCGACUCUGUGUCCACUGUGGCAGAUCUGACCCCACUGCCCAACACAGAGAGAUCGCUGGCCAACGGCAACCGCGCCAAUGAAGACAAGAAGAAAGACAAAGGAGGGAAAGACAAAAAGAAGCCAGACCGGGACAAAGAGAAGGACAGCAAGAACAGGGCUAAGAAAGGCAUGCUGAAAGGACUGGGCGACAUGUUCAGGUUUGGAAAACACCGCAAGGACGGAGAGAAACUAGAGCGCAAAGGGAGGCUGGAGGAGCUGCAGGCCUCAGAAGAAGAGACACUGAGGAUGAAACUAGAACAGGAGAGGAUCCAGGCUAAGACCCGGGAGCUGCGGGAGCGCCAGGCACGGGAGAGGGACUACGCUGAGAUCCUAGAUGUCAACCUGAGCCGAGACGAGGAGCACCCCUACGCAGGCAUCGGGCCCCUGGACACGUCCCUGGACAGCGGGCACAGCCGGCCCCAGAGCCCCCGAGACAACCACCAUCAAGAUUCCUCCCUGUACACACAAGUCGGCAAAACCCGCAAUGCAAAUGGACGCCCUCCCUCCGCCGACAGCAACAGACUAGCGCCUAGCAACCACGACCGGAUACAGCGGCUGAGACACGAGUUCCAGCAGGCCAGGGGAGACGACGACCCUGACGACCGGAGACGCACCUACAGCUUCGAGCAGCCCUGGCCCAACAACACCAACACAGGCCCAAGCCCGUACCAGACAGACGGACAACAGACAGGCCGACACUCUGUGUCUGUAGAGGUGCAGAGACAGAGACAGAGGCAGGAGGAGAGAGACGCCUUCCAACAGGCGCAGAGACAGUACAGCUCCCUGCCACGGCAACCCAGGAAGAACCCCAGCUCCAUCUCGCAGGACUCCUGGGACAAGGUCUACCCGCCGGGUGAUGGCUUCCAGACGGCCAAGGAGAACCCUCGCUACUCUAGCUACAAGGGCUCCAGAAACGGCUACCCGGGGAUGAGCGGCGUGAAUGCCCGCGUCCUCCUGGAGGCCCAGGAGCUGCUGAGGCAGGAGCAGAGACGCAGGGAGCAGGAGGCCAAAGGGAAGCAGCUACUGCUAGCGCCCCCGCAGGAACACCCCGGGAACAACACCUAUGACGGGUACUCGGCUCACAAGGACCCUGUUUCGCCUAAGGGUCCCUAUAGACAGGACGUACCCCCCUCGCCCUCCCAGCUGGCCAGGCUCAACAAGCUGCAGGGGCCCGAGAAGGGAAGGCCCUUCUACUCCUGAGGGAACAGAGGAAAGGGGAAGGGACAGGGCUUCCAAGAGGAGGCCACAAUUGGUGGCACUGGAUAUGGACAACUUGAGGAGCUGCUUAGCAGCAACUCCUGAGGAGAUAGGGACAGGACAGACAAGAGGGGCCACUGUUGUGGAAGAUGUGGACAACUUGAGGAGCUGCUUAGCAUAGAAUGGGGAAGCUCCUUCCACUCCUGAGGGGAUAGGGGUAAGGAUAGGGACAGGCAAGAGGGGGCCACAGUUUGAGGAGCUGAUUUGCCGAGAUUGAUCUAAGAAGAGUUAGGGACUGCACAGUGGGUGUUUGAAUUAAUGGCUUACCCUGGAUGUGACCUCUUAGUCUUCCAUUCAGUCCUAGUCAGUCAUGUUCCCCUCCUACAGACUGUUUGUUGUUAAGUGAGACUUUCUGUAUUUAUGGUCACAAUGCUUUCUGGGUAGUAGUGUUGUGUGAUUCACAGACAUCUGUUACCCUCACGCUCUGACAAUCAAACAGAUAGGCAAACGGCCGUUAUUUUAAGCCAUGGACAAGUGUGUAUGUGUGGGUGUGUGUGCAUGCGUGCAUGUGAGAGAGGCCGUGUGUCUGAAUGUGAGUGAGCGAUGUGCGAGUGUGGUGUGGUCUCCAUCAUUGACACUUCCAUUGUGGUCUGGUGGUGUUAACCAUGGCUCCUACAUGACCUGUCACCCCUGCCCCUUGCCCACCCCUGGGCUGCCUAGACAGUACUACUCUAACACUAAAUCAAAAUAACAACGCUGAGCUUCUCUCAGUAUUCUAUUUAUCUGUUUUAAUCGUUUUUGUCUUUAUGAGAAGCCCCUUCAGUAGUCCCCAGAGGGUUCGAGAAAAGAAAGAGGGAGUGGAAAGAGAGGGAGUGUGUUAAAGGAGGGGGAGAAGGAGGGCAUAGGCACUGGUUAUUAAUGAAGGCCCCUCAUAAAUGAUUCAUGUGUGUGUCGUCUUCACAGAGAGUGAGAGAGAGGUCUCUGAUCCACUGCCUGGCCUCUCUGCUCUGGGCACGGCUAACCUGGCCUGCCUGUCUGCCUGUCUCUGGCUCCAUCCUCUCCUCCUCCCCACCUCUCCUCUUCCCCCGUCAGCCCUGCACUGAAUUUUUCAUCACAAGCCACCUGCUGCCUGCCACAGCCAAAGAACAGAACACAGUCGCAAGAGGCUGUUCCAGAGUGGAGGGCCACAUCACGGUUUCGCUCCACAAAGAAACAGAAAGAGAGACAAUCGGAAUACUGAUGCAAGAUUUCGGUUUAAUCGACCCAUCUUCCUUUGUUAAUAAAAAUAUGAAAUUGUGUUUGAGUGGUAGUUGCGUUCAGCUGCCGUAUAGCUGGGAACUAGUGAGUCACUCUCCUCUUGUAUAUAAUGGGCCUUUAAUGUGACGAUGCUCGGAUGUCUAUGAAAUGUACAGAAUGGUGGAGAUGAAUGCAACCGAACAAAGGAGAGUGUGGUGAACACACAAAAGGGGAAAAAAAGAAAAUGACUGGCGUAUGUACUCUGUCGCCUCGUGGUAUACUAUAACAGAAGUGUCUGGCACCUCGCUGCUUUGGAGAUGUGCUUCAAUGUGUUCUCCCUACGCCAAGUACAGUCAUAUGAAAUGCAUUAGCUUCCAUUUGUGAGUUAACGCGGUCUGCGUCCCAAAUGCCACUCUGUUCCCUACAUAGUGCACUACUUUUGACCAGAUCCCUAUGGUUGAGCUAAAUAGUUUGAGUGCCAUUUGGGACUCAGGCCAUGGUUUGAGAGAGCGAACUCCCUGUAUCAGCUGUUGAACAUGUCUAACAUGGAAAUAAGAGUGUUAUGUCGUCUGCUCUGCAGUACUUCGCCAAUGUCUGCAGUCUGGUGGGAAUCUGUUGUGUGGUGUCCAUUGCUAGCCUGGUUCCAGAUCUGUUUGUGCUGUCUAGUUUACGUCUACGGUCAUCGUUGUUAACAAGGGUGUAGGAUGAAGUUCCCUCGGCCUAGUCGCUGAUCUUGGGUUAGUUUUGCAUUUCCCCCACUAAUGGUUAUGAUUGGGGGAGGGGAAAGCUGAUCCUAAAUCUGUACCUAGGGAAAACUCGAGCCCGGAUGCAGUUAACAAGAUGGCACAAACAGACUUGGGACCAGGCUAGUUCAUGGCUAGGUUCAGAGGUCUAUAAUAAGUGCCUGAGGAGGGAAAACAAUGUGGUCAGAUCCUUUUUGUAGCUAACUGACACACCAAUACAAGUAUUUUUCACAUACCGUUUGAAUCUCUUCGGUACAGUAUGUCAUGAUUGUUUUGGGGUACUUUUGUUUCCCUGAAAAGCUUUCGUUGUUUGGUUCUAGUUUUUUUUUACAGUGAAAGUUAAAAUAGGCCUCUGCGUUAGGGGAUCAGUCUAUUUGUAUCCCGUCUGACUUCACAAUGCUGUAUGUAUGUAUCAUGACGUUUAAAGUAUAAAGCUAUUGUAAGCACAGUGCAAUUGUUUUUCAGACUUUGACCUGAUGUAUUUAGAAAUGUAUACAGACCUUUUUUCCUGUACAUAUCACAUUUAAAAUAAAAGGAGGGUGGUUUCAACCUGUUUACAACUGUC